AUGGAGGAAGAGGAAUCGCCUCAUACUGAGUCAUGGGAUCAUAAAAAGACAUUACUACCAUUCCUCAAAAACUCGCGGCACAUUGAAGAAAAGCAAGUAGAUUACGAAGAAGAUAAGGUUACGACGGAAAAAGCCACGCCACAAUUACAUCCUAACGAAAUGAUUUUUCCGUUGAUCUAUCGACAGAGUCAUAUAAACAGUAUGUUUAAGUUCGGCGAAAACUGGUACACUUGGUCUACGGAGAAAAGAAAUGAUGGGUCGAAAGCAACCAACUAUUACAUUUGCUAUGACGAACCGAAACAUUGUGAUGACGUUGGAUGGGAACGCACGGACAGUGUGCCAAAGUGCGCAUUCCAAAUAGAUUCGUUGUUGCCUGAAGAUCGUGCCUGUAUUAAUAGCUUUGGAAUAGAACCCCAUGGAGGAGGAAUAUGUGAUGGAGGAGAACAAAUGAAGGUGAGUGAUAUGGUACGAGCUUGCGGCCCGCGGAUCCGCUCUUUAUGGCGCUUCUACCGCGUCGGCCGUCGCCCUGCCAACGCAGCCAAACCUGCAGACGUCAACUCACUCAUUUGUGAAGACGAAGAAGAAUGCUACAUCACGAUAGAAUACCGGAUACACCAUGAUAGAAUCACAUUUUCACUGCAUGAGCCGACGCGAGGGCAAACUUUCAAAAGCGCUCUGAAACGUGAAAUUCCAGUCGAGGAUGAAAAUAAAGGAACACCAGCUACGGAAACACAUGCGCACACAGUGCAUAAGGGCAAGAAAGGGCUGAAAGUAAGAGAAGAGAAUCAAAAUGAGGGAGCAAAAAGGUUUCACACGCGGCCAAAAACUAAAACAACAGAAGGCAAGGGUGUCAUUAAAGAUCGCAACGAUUCCGAAUAUACAAAUCGAAGAGUGGUUAAAAACAAAAUAAAAAUCAGAGAAGAUAUAUCUGAAGAUGUAUCAGAGUGA